AUGGUCGCCUUCCUCGUCGCAACGCUGAGCCGGAGGCCCCGCGAGUCGGCGCUGGACCGCUUCCCGCCCAUGGCGAUGGCCCACGCCCACAACCCGCUCGGCUUCAUGACGCUGGGCCUCUUCCUCAGCUUGUCGCUGACGCUCCUGAUCCUGUCCUGCAUGCCGCCGCCGCCAGAGGCUCACGUCCACGCGACGCUGGCGAUGCACUUGGCGAUGGCCCACGUCCACAGCCCGCUCGGCAGCGCGCCGCUAGGCCUCCUCCUCGGUUUGCCACGGGCGCUCCUGACCCUUCUCUGCAUGCCCUUGCCGCUGUUGGCGCCCGUCUUCGUCAUGAAUAUGUAUUGCUGGCGAUGCUCUCGCUGCCCUCCGCCCACUUGUCCGCGAAUUGCAUCGGGCCGCACGGCGUAA